UUAUAUAUUCUUUCCCGUCCGCCAAAAUUGGACGCUGCGGCACUGAUAUGCCGCCGGUUUGUACUCACAGAUAACAUUCUCGAAAGCUGCUCAACUCAAUUUUCUCUCUUCUUCAUCAAAUAAAGAUUCAAAUUUUAGUGCAUAUAUAUAUAUAUAGAUAUAUUCAUUCUUGCAUAUUCGUCAAAAUUUUUUUUUUACUACAGAGUAAAUUCAAGAAUGUUGUGCAGAAAAAGUUCAGUUAAAAAUGGCCGCGGAACAGUGCCAGUGAACCUGAAUGUUUAUGACCUUACAUCCAUUAAUGGGUAUGCUUAUUGGCUCGGCCUCGGGGUCUACCAUUCCGGAGUUCAAGUUCACGGGGUGGAGUAUGCAUUUGGAGCUCAUGAGUAUCCGACGACCGGAAUUUUCGAAGGGGAACCAAAGCAGUGCGAUGGAUUCACGUUUAGGAAAUCGCUGUUGAUGGGAUGGACGGAAAUGACACCAGGGCAGGUGAGGGGAGUGAUGGAGGAGCUUGCUGAAAAGUACAGAGGAAAUGCGUACAAUCUCAUAACCAAGAAUUGUAACCAUUUCUGCAAUGAUGCUUGCAUGAAGCUCACUGGGAAUCCAAUUCCCAGCUGGGUCAAUCGCCUUGCCAAGCUAGGUUUCUUCUGUAAGUGUAUCAUUCCAGUGACCUUAAACACAACUAAAGUUGGUCAUCACACAAUCGAAGACAAGGUCUGCGAUAGCGAGAAAACGAAACUCAGGAGCCGCUCAAAAAGAUCGAAUUCGCCUUCAAGUUCAUCGUCAUCUUCAUCCUCACAAGAUUCAACGAAUAGGGAUCCAAGUAGAACCUCUCAUCCUCCAUCUUCACCAUUGAUUCCUGGCUCUAGUUCUUCCUAGAUGUCUUCAUGUGGGUUUAUAUAAAACCUUUUUUAAUUUUUUCCCCCAUCCCGGGUGAUCUAUAGUGCUUACCCCUCUCAAGAAACUUUAUUUGUACAUUCAGAGUCCUUGGAUUAAUUUGGACCUGAAAAUGCACCUAAAAAGUACCAUUAAACUUGUCGGACCCAAAUUUUUUGUGCCAUAAUAUAAUAACUAACGUGUUUAGAACCA